GCUCUGUAAUGUGUAAACACUCCUUUCUUUCUCCAACAAACCAGUGCAGCUGAGAGCUGAUCCCAAACCUCCCUUCAUGGUUGAGUCUGCUGAAGAGACAGGACGCAGGUUGGAAAUGCAGCCGGGCACGCAGGCUCCUUAUUCCCUGGAGACGGGCUCCUUCCCUCACUUUUAUUCCCCUGUUCAUGCCAGCUCCACAUCUGUGAGCCCGUCGUCAAGCCUUUCCACAGGAAAUUCAGCAGACGGGCACCUCAACUACCUCGAGGCCCCUGUGAACGCCUCCCGGGCGCUGCCGUCCCCCAUGAACGCGAUCAGGUCUCCAGUGAAUGCAUUAGGCUCGCCGUACAGAGUCAUUGCGUCCUCCAUCAGCCCACACCCUGUUGCUCUGUCCUCAGCCCCAGGCAUGAAUUUUGUGACACAUGCCAGUCCACAGCUCAACAUCCUGAAUAAUGUCAGCAGCUCAGAGGACGUCAAGCCCUUGCCAGGUCUCCCAGGGAUUGGGAACAUGAAUUAUCCAUCUACAAGCCCAGGAUCCUUAGCCAAACACAUCUGUGCCAUCUGUGGAGACAGGUCCUCAGGGAAGCACUAUGGGGUGUACAGCUGUGAGGGCUGCAAAGGCUUCUUCAAGAGGACAAUCCGGAAGGACCUGAUCUACACCUGCCGUGACAACAAGGACUGCCUCAUAGACAAGCGCCAACGCAACCGCUGCCAGUAUUGCCGCUAUCAGAAGUGCCUCGCAAUGGGGAUGAAGAGGGAAGCUGUGCAAGAGGAGAGGCAGAGGAGCAGGGAGCGGAGUGAGAAUGAAGCCGAGUCCACAAGCAGUGGCAGCGAGGACAUGCCCGUGGAGAGGAUCCUGGAAGCUGAGCUGGCAGUCGAACCCAAGACAGAGGCAUACAGCGACAUGAACACAGAGAGCUCAACAAAUGACCCUGUUACCAACAUAUGCCAUGCGGCUGACAAGCAGCUCUUUACACUUGUCGAGUGGGCCAAGCGAAUCCCCCACUUCUCUGACCUGACGCUGGAGGACCAAGUCAUUCUCCUCCGGGCAGGCUGGAAUGAGCUGCUCAUUGCCUCUUUCUCCCAUCGCUCCGUGUCGGUCCAAGAUGGCAUCCUUCUGGCCACAGGCUUGCACGUGCACCGCAGCAGUGCUCACAGUGCUGGUGUGGGCUCCAUCUUUGACAGGGUUUUGACAGAGCUGGUGUCCAAAAUGAAAGACAUGCAGAUGGAUAAGUCGGAGCUGGGGUGCCUGCGAGCCAUUGUCCUGUUCAACCCAGAUGCCAAGGGUUUGUCCAGCCCCUCAGAAGUGGAAUCGCUGCGGGAGAAGGUCUAUGCCACGCUGGAAGCCUACACAAAGCAGAAAUACCCUGAGCAGCCAGGGCGGUUUGCCAAACUCCUCCUGCGCCUGCCGGCGUUGCGGUCCAUCGGGCUGAAGUGCCUGGAGCACCUCUUCUUCUUCAAGCUCAUUGGGGACACCCCCAUUGACACCUUCCUCAUGGAGAUGCUGGAGACACCCCUGCAGGUCACUUGAGAAUGGAGUUCCAUACUGGCCAGACCCUGUCCCCCCCAUGCCCCUGCACAGCCUCCCACCCCUCUGCUCUGGGCCUAUGAGAGCUCAAGAGGCAUCCUCCACCCUCUGCUCCUCCUUGGUGGGAUUGUUGUGGUUUUGUACAGCUGUAAAUCACCCCCUCUAACCCCUCCCUGGCCUGGCCAUGGAGGGUCACAGAUCCUCCAACCAGCUAACCAUUCCCCUGCCCUCCUGUACAGAUAAUUGCUUUAAAUUAUUUUUUCACUCUCAAUAAAAGCCAACAAAACAAAUAAAAUAAUAUAUGAGAGAGGGA